CACCCGUCAGCCUCGUGGGGAUAAGCGGCUUCGACAACGGAUGGAUGGAUUUACCAUUUUUGUUCCAUUUCUUUCCCAUGUUUUCUUGAGUCUAUUUCGGGGGGAUCCCAUGAGGAUAAACUACUGCGGGUUAUUCAACAUUCGGUCGGAGUGAGCCCUCUCGGCGUCCGUCUCGCGCCCCAUUUUGGUCAGAGUGAGCCCUCUCGGCGUCUCUCGCCCCAUCUUGGUUUGCAGCCACAGGUUGCUCACCUGUGCGUGGACGCGCACGCGCCUCCAUUCCGAUACAAAAGCGGGGAAGCCACUUCCGCCGCCGACGCAAACUCGAGAAAACAGCCGCUUUGUUGUUGUUGUUGUUGUUGUUGUCGUCGUCGUCGUCGCCGUCGUCGCCAUGCUGGACCCGUCCUCCAGCGAAGACACCGGCGGAGAGUCCGAGCCGGAAGUUGCCCGAGAGCCCUUCGGGAAGGCGGCCGAGCGGGGCGUCGAGAGCCGAGCGGGGGACCGCCGGCGACGGCACACACCGCGGCCGCCCUCCUCCGCCGCGGGCCAAAGUGACGAAGUGGAGCGACUCCGGCGGGAGGAAGAGGAGCACAAAGUCAAGCUGCAGAUUUACGUGUUCGUCCUGAGGUGCGUCGCGUACCCGUUCAACGCCAAGCAGCCCACCGACAUGGCCCGGCGGCAGCAGAAGGUGAACAAGCAGCAGCUCCAGGCGGUCAAGGAGCGUUUCCUGGCCUUCCUCAACGGGGAAACUCAGAUUACGGCCGACGAAGCCUUCUGCAACGCCGUCAGGAGCUACUACGAGGGCUUCCUGAAGAGCGAGCGCGUGUGCCGCAUGGUGCAGAGCGGCAGCUGCUCGGCCGGCGACUUCCGCGAGGUGUUCAAGAAGAACAUCGAACGGCGCGUGCGCGGCCUCCCCGAAAUCGACGGCUUGAGCAAAGAGACGGUGCUGACCUCCUGGAUCUCCAAGUACGACGCCAUCUACAGGGGGGACGAGGACGUGCGGCGCCAGCCCCCGCGGGCUCACCUCGGCGCCGUGUCCGAGCUGAUCCUCAGCAAGGAGCAACUCUACGAGAUGUUCCAGCACAUCCUCGGGGUCACCAAGUUUGAGCACCAGCUGCUCUACAACGCCUGCCAGUUGGACAAUGCGGACGAGCAGGCGGCGCAGAUUCGCCGAGAACUGGACGGACGAUUGCAGCUGGUGGAGCGAAUUGCCAGGGAGAGGCGAUGGCCGGCGUUGGCGUCGCCCGACACGGCCGCCCUCUACGUGGAGGAGCUGCGCUCGUCCGUCGGCCUGCUGAUGGCCAACCUGGAGAGCCUCCCGGUGGCCAAGGGCGGAGCCGACUUCAAGCACAAGCACAAGCUCAAGCGCUCCUCCGUCAACAACUCCUUCCUGGACCUCGGCGACGAAGUGGACGUGUUGACCAAAGCGGACGUGUCGCUCUCCUUCACGCUGGAGGUGAUGAUCGUGGAGGUGCAGGGCCUGAAGUCGGUGGCCCCCAACAAGAUCGUGUACUGCACCAUGGAAGUGGAAGGAGGCGAGAAGCUGCAGACGGACCAGGCCGAGGCCUCCAGACCGCAGUGGGCGACGCAGGGCGACUUCUGCACGACGCACCCUCUGCCCUCGGUCAAAGUCAAACUUUUCAUGGAGAGCACCGGCGUUCUGGCCCUGGAAGACAAGGAGCUGGGUCGGGUGGUCCUGCGCCCCGCCGCCAACGGACCCAGGCAGGCCGAGUUCCACCGCAUGGCGGUCCCCAAGAACAGCCAGGACACGGAGCUGAAGAUCAAACUGGCCGUGCGCAUGGACAAGCCGCCCAACGUCAAGCACAGCGGGUAUUUGUACGCGCUGGGACAUCGCGUGUGGAAACACUGGAAAAGGAGAUACUUUGUCCUGGUCCAGGUGAGCCAGUACACGUUCGCCAUGUGCAGCUACCGGGAGAAGAAGGCCGAACCUCAGGAGCUGAUGCGGCUGGAAGGCUACACGGUGGACUACUGCCCCCCCCAGCCAGGCCUGCAGGGGGGCCGCGUCUUCUUCAACGCCGUCCGCGAGGGGGACCUGGUGGUGUUCGCCUGCGACGAGGAGCAGGACCGCGUCCUGUGGCUGCAGGCCAUGUACCGCGCCACCGGGCAGUCCUACAAGCCCGCGGCGCCGACCGACGCCAAGAACGCCGCCGGUCGCCGGCCCGCCUCGCCCGUCGGUCGGGACCCGUGCGAGCGGCAGGCGCUGGAGGAGCUGGCGGCGGCGGCCCCGUCCCGUUUCGACCACGCCCGCCUCUUCGCCAUCUUGCAGAAGCUGACUCUGCGACACCGCAUGAACGACUCCUUCUCCUGCCUGGGUUGGUUCAGUCCGGGUCAGGUCUUCGUUCUGGACGAGUACUGCGCCCGCUACGGCGUUCGCGGCUGCCAACGUCACCUGAGCUACUUGAAGGACUUGAUGGACUUCUCUGAGGACAACACCAUGGUGGACCCGACCUUGCUGCACUACAGCUACGCCUUCUGCGCCUCGCACGUCCACGGAAACAGGCCCGACGGGAUGGGGACGGUGACGCUGGAGGAGAAGGAACAGUUCCAGUUCGUCAGGAGUCGACUCGUGCUCCUGCUGGAGAACCACAUCACGCACUUCCGGUACCGCUUUCCUUUUGGACGACCAGAUGGCGCCCUGAAGGCCACGCUGUCCCUGCAGGAGAGGGUUCUGAUGAAGGACGUAACCUCGCCGGUUCCGACGGAGGAGAUGAAGAAUGUGGUGCAGAAGUGUCUGGAAAAAGCAGCGGGCAUCAACUACAGCCAGCUAAUCGAGUACGCCAACUUGAAGGCGGAGCCCGAAGUGGACGCCGACGAGAGGCUGGCGGACGUCGUGCGGCUGGCCGAGCUCGUCAUUGAAGUCCUCCAGCAGAACGAAGAACAUCACGCAGAGGCGUUUUGGCCGUGGCCCGAGUUGAUGCGCGAGCACGCCGAGAGCUUCCUGUCCCUGUACCGCGUGGACAUGGACUCGGCCCUGCAGGUGCAGCCGGCGGACUCGUGGAGCAGCUUCCCGCUCUUCCAACUCCUCAACGGCUUCCUCAGCGCGGACGCGCAUCUUCGCAACGGGCCCUUCCACAAGCACCUGCAGGAGGUUUUCGUCCCCCUGGCGGUGCGCUACGUCGACCUGAUGGAGUCGUCCAUCGCGCAGUCCGUCCACCGCGGAUUCCAGGAGGAGACGUGGCGGCCCGUCAAAAACGGCUCGGCGGCGUCGGAGGACCUCUUCUGGAAGCUGAACGCGCUCCAGACGUUCGCGUCGGACCUGGACUGGCCCGAGGCCGAGUUCGCCGACCACCUGGAGCGGAGACUCAAGCUGAUGGCCGGCGACAUGACGGAGGCCUGCGUCAAGAGGACCAAAUGCGCCUUCGACGGCAAAAUGCAGAAAGCCGACAAGUCGACGGACUUCCGCGUGGCGCCGUGCGCGUGCACCAUGUUGAACGUCCUGGCCGACGCCAAGCGCCGCUGCUCCCGACUCUGCGUGCCGGACGGCGGCCGGGAGACGGACGAACAAUGGCGACAUUACCACUCCAGAGUGGACGUGCUGAUCGACGACGCCCUGAGGGACGCCGUUUCCACGCUGGUGUCGAAGUUGUGUACAGUGUUAGACACGGUCCUGUCCAAGCUGUCGAGAUACGACGAAGGAACUUUCUUGUCGUCCGUCCUCUCCUUCACGGUGAAAGCGGCUGCCAAAUAUGUGGAAGUUCCCAAAUCCAGCGCGGACCUGGCCGACACCUACGUGGCGUUCGUGCGUCGCAACCAAGACGUCCUCCGCGAGCGCGUCGCCGACGAGCUCGUCGUCGACAAAGUCUUUGACCAAUGGUACGGCGCGUUCAUGAAGGCGACGUGCGUGUGGUUGGCGGACCGACUGGACCUUCAGCUGCACCCGUACCAGCUCAAGACCCUCAUCAAGAUCGUCAAGAAAAGCUACCGCGACUUCCGUCUUCAGGGCGUCCCGGACGCCACGCUCAACGGCAAAAACUACGAGACCGUCUACAAGCGCCUGACGGUGGAGGAGGCCACGCUGGCCGUCGAGGCGGGCGACGGCCUGGACGGCGUCAGCAUGCGGGACAGCGACCGGGACGACGACUGAACCGGAACGGCGUCACCUCCGAACCUCAAAUUGGCAAAGAAAUCAAAGGCCGCAAGCUAAGCUGGCGUAGCGGGGCAUACAAAAAGUCGAGUCCAGUGCCAGCUUUUUGUCGUGUGAAAAUGGAAGGUGAAGCCGAGACCAGGUUUUUUUUUUUUCUUCUUUUUUGUCCUCCAUCACUGUCAAGAAAAGAAAAGCCUGUUAGAACGUCGAAAGCUAUUUUGCAGCGCGUCGGGGCCGCUGGAAACGCCGCCAGCUUGCGUGCUGACUCCAGUUUCAAAGAGAAUUUGAAUGUUCAUUCUGGACUCACCAAGGUGUGCACACUUGUGCAACCACAGGAUCUCACUCCUCUUUUCUCCCUCCAAAAAAAACUGAUGAAUUCAUUUGGACUGUCACAUCAACUGUGGGCAAAAUCUUUUUUUGCUUUUUUUUUUUUUUUUUCCACAAAAGGGUCGACAUUUGACCAGGGGUCGCUCGCGUCAGGUGGUGGGUCCUCCAAACUGUGCAAAAGUUGAAAAUUAAAAAAAAGUUUCCUGUAUUUCCUCAAGUUGCUCAAGCCCCGCUCAAAUUAGCCGCCAAGUUUGCCAUCGACACGCUUGGCCUCCAAUAAAUGUGUCGAGAUCUUUCCAAUGGCUAAUUGCGUUAGUCCACACGCGGCCGCCGGACGUCUUUUGCCAACCGAAACAGCGGCGACGCCUGAAGGCCUCGCUCGAACCUGCUCACUCCAAUUGGGUUGAGGGCACUUGGAGACCGUCUGUCGCUAAGCAAAACAGCAGCGAGUAAACGGAGCAAAUUGACACCUCCCUUGAAAUUUGCACUUGCCAAGGAAAUUGAGCCGCUUGAGCUCCAUUGCUAACCAAAACAGCAGCGGGGAGAAGCGGCUCGGUUAUGAUUUGUGUGGAACCGCCGGACGGCGCCCCCGUGUGGACGACCAAGUCAACGGAUUGGGGAAAGGUUUUCGUUUUUUUCAUUGACACCUUCUUGGAUUGUUUGGCUCAGAUUUGACAAAUGAAAAAUUCAAAGAUCGCGGGAGACAAUCACGUGACAAAGAAAAAAAAAAGUCCGUUGAAUUGACGACAUGGGAAAAUGAUUCAAAAUCUUCGACUUGUAUUUUGUUCAUUUGUUUUGGAGUAAAACAUGACGUACGUUUUACCAAUAUUUGUUUUGUGUCAAAUCAACCUAAUUAUUGAUUAUGAAAAGUCACAAAUAUCAUAAGGCGUUUUAGAUCAAACAUGACAUUUAUGCUGUUUGUUGUUUUUGUAUGGUUGAAUUUUUUUUUUCUCCGAGUUUGUCAGGACGAUAAUAAAAAUUUAAAAAAAAAAAAUCAACGGAAGAUACUGUGGGUGUCUCGUGUUGUCCAAU